AUGAAUGGCCCUAAAACGCGCUACCUGCUCAAGACGAGAUUCAGACCUCUGAACACCGAUGGCGUCCCCAGCCCAGUGCGUCCGGAGCUGCCAGGCUGGGAGCUGGUGCAGGCCUGCCGCCUGGUGUGCCUGCGCUGGAAGGAGCUGGUGGACGGCGCCCCACUGUGGCUGCUCAAGUGCCAGCAGGAGGGGCUGGUGCCCGAGGGCUGCAACGAUGACGAGCGGGACCACUGGCAACAGUUCUACUUCCUGAGCAAGAGGAGGCGCAACCUGCUGCGUAACCCGUGCGGGGAAGAGGACUUGGAGGGCUGGUGCGACGUGGAGCACGGCGGGGACGGCUGGAGGGUGGAGGAGCUGCCCGGAGACAGUGGGGUGGAAUUUACCCAAGACGACAGCGUUAAGAAGUACUUCGCCUCCUCCUUCGAGUGGUGUCGCAAAGCGCAGGUCGUUGAUCUGCAGGCCGAGGGCUAUUGGGAGGAGCUGCUGGACACCACCCAACCCGCCAUCGUGGUGAAGGACUGGUACUCGGGCCGCACGGACGCCGGCAGCCUGUACGAGCUCACCGUGAGGCUGCUGUCGGAGCACGAAGAUGUGCUGGCGGAGUUCAACACCGGGCAGGUGGCAGUGCCGGAGGACGGCGGCUGGAUGGAGGUCUCCCACACUUUCACCGACUACGGGCCAGGCGUCCGCUUCGUCCGCUUCGAGCACGGAGGGCAGGACUCGGUCUACUGGAAGGGCUGGUUCGGGGCCCGGGGAGAAUAA